AUGUCUAUCACUGCGCAUAAUAUCGGCGGAACCGCGGAGGUUCCAGAAAUCUCAUUUGAUGUUGUUGGAUCUAGAGGUCAUAUCUACAAAACGGUCAUUGGCAAAUUGCCUCGCUGUAACUGUCCGGACGUCAGAUUCCGGAAGGCACAGUGUAAGCACAUCUGCUUUGCUCGUCUCGUUCUCUCUGUUCUCUCUGUUCUUCUUAUGCCAAUGCAUUGUCAAGUCCUAUCUGCGAUAGACGUCCCUGGGAAACUGAGGUACCAGCGAUCAUUGUUGCCGUCUUUGCCUGUUAAUCAGGAGCUACGCCAGAUGCUUACUGCAUCAUCCUUGGAAAAUAUCGAGGACAGCAGUACCCUUAUUUCUGCCAGCCAAAGGAAGCCUAUCGAGGGCGAAUGCCCAGUUUGUUUUAAUGAUUUCAAGACCAACCAGGUAAAAAAGGCGUGUCAUUCAUGCGGUAACAUUGUGGAGCUCUUGCUAACAGUGUGCUUCUUGGAGGGCACGAAACCAAAGGUGUCACAUCUAUAG